AUAUUGUUUAUCGUAGUAAAGCCACUUAAAAUAAUUUAUUAAGAAAAUGACAUUUUUUUGAUUAGUCACAUAAUUACAGCCCACUUUGAGGCUUUAAUUUGUUUAUUUUAUGAUGUUUAUUGGGAUAUGAAGAUUCACUUGUAACAAUUGAAGUUCAUGGCCGCGACUAAAUUAAUUUAAAACAUAGUCCUUUUUUUGCAAAAAAUACCAAGUUUUUAAACCAAAUAAUUAACAAUAAUUAUGAAAGAAAAUAUUAAUUACGUAUUACUUACAGAUUCAACAGCAUCGCUCGUAGAUGAUAGCCCAAGAAAUUGGUCGGCGAAGAAAAAAAGAAAUGUUUUAAUUCUCAUAUCGGCUACCGGUAUAAUUGGUUCUAUAGGAAAUUUAUCAUUUAAUCCGGCAAUAUUGAUGGUACGAGAAGAUUUAAAUACCACGGAAACUCUAGUAAACACGGCUGUAGCAUCAUAUCUGUACGUUAACGGAAUCGCGCCAUUAUUUUGGGCGUCAUAUUCUGAUUUACAAGGAACAAGAAGAAAAGUGUUCUUAUUUAAUGCAUUUUUAAUAAUAUUAACGAGUAUUGGGUGUGCAUUUGCAAAUAAUAUUUAUUGGUUGAUAGUAUUUCGUAUGCUCCAAUCUUUUUCUGUCUCAGCCGUUCAAUGUCUUUCCGUUGGAACACUCACUGAUAUAUACAACACAACCGAAAGAGGAAAUGCUAUUGGAGUAUUUUAUCUCGGAUUUUUUAUUGGUCUAGUAAUCGGACCACCGAUAGGAGGAUUUCUAACUCAAUAUAUAAGUUGGAGAUCGCUAUUUUGGUUUAUUGCUAUAUUCGCGACCAUAAGACUUUUCUUGAUAUUUAUCUUUUUACCUGAGACAUAUAAUAAAUCUAGUACAACAAAUUCUUCUCAAUCAGUUUUCAAUCCAUUGGCACCAAUUUUAUUAUUACGUCAUGCAAAUGUUACAUUAGUGAUUUUAUAUUGGAUAUGGAUUAUAUCAAUUCAUUACGUGGUUAAUAUCUUAAUUCCAACUAAAUUUCACUUAAUUUAUGGAGCUGCUACAUCAGAAAUUGGAUUAAUUUUUUUGGCUCCCGGUGCUGGACUAGUUUUGGGUAGUUUUGCUGGAGGUAGAGUAUCAGACUUUCUACUUAAACGGAAUAUUAAAAAACGUGAUGGUAGUUAUUAUCCCGAAUUGAGAUUACAUGGAGCUUGGUGGGGUGCUUCCUUAAUACCAUUAUGUUAUUUUUGUUUUGGCUGGUUCAUUGAAUAUGAAGUAUUCAUUGUCUAUCCUGUCGUUGCUAUGUUUAUUGGAGCUUUUGUAUCGCAAAUUGCAACAAAUUCAUGUGAAACAUAUUUAAUUGAUUCGUAUCCAAAAAGUAGUGCUUCAAUUGUUGCUUUGUCAAAUGUUUGUAAAUGUAUAGUAGCUCCGAGCAUGUUGAUAGCUGCUUCUCCAAUAGAUCAUUCUGUUGGUACUGGUUUAACAUUUUCUAUAUUAAUUUUAGUAAAUUUAUUUACACUAUGUUUGUUAAUUUUAGUAUAUUUUAAAGGAAAAGAAUGGAGAGAAAAAGAGAGAUCGUAAAAAAAAUGUGUACAUGACAUUAUUAGGUCAGGAUUUUUAAAAAUUACUUAGUUUUAUUUGUAUUGCAAAAAGACAAAUAGAAUUUAUGUUUAACAGCUUAUAAUAGAUCAGUAUAAUAAAGAAAUAAAAUUUUUUUUUUAAAGUGC